AUGCGCCGCGGAGCCAACAAGUCAGCGUCCAGCUCUGCCACGUCAUCGUGCGACUCAGCCGAGGAAGAAGCGGAGGAGGAGGAGGAGGAGGAGGAGGAGGAGGAGGAGGAGGAGGAGGAGGAGGAGGAGGAGGAGGAGGAGGAGGAGGAGGUGGAGGGAAGCCAUUUUUUCUCUCUGAAGGAGGAGGUGUUGGCAAGUAUUGGGUAA